CGAAAUUCUCAUUCGGACUAGUUCACUAGUCCUGAACAUAUCGUAUAAUCACGUAAAUAAUAUAUAUUUUAUAUAAAUAUAAAAAUAUCACAAAUUUGCUUAAGCAAAACACUAGGUAAAAAAGUCCAAAGAUGUCCACAGAUGACACAGAUGAAGAUGAAUUGACUUAUGUUAACUAUGAUACGGCUAGAUCUCUGCCUGGCAUAGCUAAACGCCCAUCGGCCUACUCAACCCUAAAGACGCUGAGGGAGAAAAGAGAAAAGAAAUAUAAGAAAAAAGAUAAGUCGAAGAAAGCACUAAAGGUCACCGUGGCCACACAGACCGAAAAAUAUAUGGAAAUAUUAUGGCUGGAGGAGUUGAUAACCAAUUCGAGCAGGGAGAAGAAUGCAUUGAGUCCCAAGUGCGAGUACGAUAGCUUUGUGUCCGAGCAGCUAUCAUCGAUAUUGUUCUCCCUAUCGGUUGCCUGCGGAUUUCUGAUCGAUUUCGACGCAUUGCUGGGCAUUGUCGAGUUCUUCAACCUGAGAAUGUAAUCACAAAAUUGUAGUUCUGAUUCGUUUUUUUUUUUUAGUUCGGCUUUUUGUGUGUUCAAAACGCGCGAGUGCGGCGAGCAAGAUACGUACAUAUUCGAUUUUAAUGACCCGACCCAUAAAGUUCAGCUCAUUUGAUUUCAUGUCAAUUGUCUUGCAAAAUGAUCGAAAUAAAUAUAAAACGCAAGUAAA